GUCACAGAUUUCUUGCUCAUCGCCGUGCGUGAUCUCUUGGCCGAGAGGCCUGACCUACGAGUGGUGUUGAUGAGUGCCACCAUGCAACAAGACACCUUCCGCAGGUAUUUUGAGGCUUGCGCAGAGGUACAGAUUCAGGGCCGGGUACAUCCUGUGGAGGAGAUCUACUUGGAAGACUUGGCCCCGAAGCUCCAUAAGCUGGGCUACGUGGAGCAGCUGGGGCCGGGCUUCGCGGCCGGUGGGCUAGGCUAUGGGAGCUGGGAGAACAAGGGCCGAGAGAAGUCCUUCAAGUAUCAGGUCCUGGUGAGCCACACGUAUGAUCCUGACCAGCUUUGUGGCUUUAGUGACUACGCCUGGGAGCCCUUGACAGGAGCACGAAAAGACGAGGGACUCUUUCUUCAUGAUGUUUUGCAGCAGACCAAGGGUGUCCUCUAUGACUUCCCGAUUAUCGAAGCGCUGUUGAGCAUGCUGGAGCAGGAAUCCCCCAAAAAGGCGCGCAAGCCGAAGAAUGGCAAGGGAGGGAUCUUGAUCUUCCUCCCUGGUUGGGACGACAUCGACCGGCUGAAGCGCCUCUUGCGGAGUCACGACGUCUUCGGCAGCCGCUGGUUCUGGAUCCUGCCGCUGCAUUCGCAGAUCCGCUUGGAGCAGCAAAAGGAGGUCUUCCAAGUUCCUCCACCCGGUGUGAGAAAGAUUGUGUUGAGCACGAACAUUGCAGAAACGGCACUGACCAUCGACGACAUUGAGACGGUGAUUGACUGUGGCCGUGCCAAGGAGACCAGCUAUGAUGCCUUCCUGCGAGUGCCGACCCUGAACACCUCCUGGAUCUCCAAAGCCUCCGCUCGUCAGCGGGCCGGCCGGGCGGGCCGGACCGCGCCAGGCAUUUGCUACCAUCUUUUCUCCAAGCAGAGGCUGGCCAUGUUGGAUGAGCACCGGCCAGCAGAGAUGCUGCGCUCAGCGUUGGAGGACGUGUGCCUUCAUGCUCAACUGGUGCUGGCCAGGCGCAGCUCCCAGGAAGGGCUCCUGGGCUUUCUGCGCCGGGCUCCAGAUCCGCCGGAGGAGCGCAGCGUUCGCAAUGGACAACAGCUUCUGCGUGAGCCUUGCUCUCGGCGUUCAUCUUUGCUCGCUGCCCCUAUCGCCCGAGACCCCAAAACCCCGAGACCGCGACGGGAAGAACUACCGAACUCGAGGGCAGUGAAAUCAAGUCCGCAACUCGCGAAGACGGUGAUUUGGGCGAUCUUGCUGCUUGGCGGUGAACUCGGUGAGCGGUUUGCAGUAGCCUGGCAGCCAGAGCUCCAAGACCUCCAUAGCCCUGUAGGAACGUACCGCGAGCCCUUUGUGAGCCUCGGGAACACAGGGCAAAGCCUCUCGCUCGCAGAGGAACCCAUCGGUGGGCUGGAUUCACCAUUGACCUCCCAAUGGCCGCGAAGUGGAGAAUCCAUGGUACUUCAAUUAGGCGCUGGGCCAAGCAGCAACUCUCCCCCGAAGGCCGUGUUUUUCCAGAUGGGAAGAUGGGGGCGUUUCAAAGCAGGCUCAGACCAUUUGGCACUUGGAGCGGCCAGUGAGGCCUUUGAGGUCGCACUGGUGGCUCGGGGGAGGGGCGGGGACGCAGCACGACGCUUUUGCGAGGUCUCCAAGGAGUCGAUCGAAAUCCGAGAAAUGGAGCUUGAUUGGUACACUAGGAACUACGACGCCAUGGCCACGCAGGCGGCGAUGUUCGCGGGCUUCGCCUUCGAACAGAUCACCGAGCCAGUGCCGGCGGCCACGCCCUUCCUGCUCGAGAUGUCGUACAUUUGCCUCACCGCGUUGGCGUUGGGCUUCAACCUUUGUGUUUGUAUGUCCUCCACCUUCUGUGUGAUUUUUGGACGGCGGUUGGGCCUCUUCGGCUGUGGCGCCAAGUCAGUGCAUUUGGCUGUGGAGAACAUGCACAAGGCUCAACAAUUCACAUUUCUGCAGUUUCUCCUUGGCCUUCUCUCGUACUUGAUGGCACAUGUCUUCGAAACUUGGAUCUACUUCAGACGCAACGUGGCGCUUGUGCUUUGUGUGCCCUUGUCAGUCUUCGUGCUGGCCAUUAUUUACUAUGUGGUGACGAUCGUUGAUCAACUGGUCCUCCCCGACGACAAGGCUGUCUUUGGCCAUGUCACAGCCUGGAGUCGAUAUGAGAACCUCAACGACCUGGACGCUGAGGCCUUUCGUCAUGCGCCUGGAACCAGUCGGCCACCUCGCAGUGCCCGAGUCCAGUGA